CGCGGUCGAGAACACGUACGUGGAAGUUUGACCGUCAAAAUGUGGUCUUUCUUUUCGAGAGAUCCAACUAAGGAUUUUGGAUUUGAAAUCGGAGAAUGUAUAGAUUCUCUUGAAAAUAAAUCCAUAUGGUCGCUAUUUAGUGGUAAACGAAAGUCAAAUGGAGAAGAAGUUUCAGUCUUUGUGUUUGAUGUGAAGCAAGCAAGUGAAGCUAAUCUACAGACAGCCAAGAAUGCCCACAAACGACUAAAAACACUCCGUCAUCCAAACAUCUUACAAUAUAUUGAUGGUCUUGAGACAGAAAAUGUAAUUUAUGUGGUGACGGAGGCAGUAAUCCCUCUAGAGAAAUAUAUAAAAGAAAAGAAGUCAAGUGAGCUGGCUACAUCUUGGGGUCUACACCAGGUGACGAAAGCAUUUGCAUUUCUCUUGAAUGAUUGCAAACUAAAGCAUAACAACGUCCACAUCGGAUCAGUGUUCGUCAACAAAGCUAGUGAAUGGAAGCUAGGCGGAGUGGCGUAUAUAUGUGCUGCAGAGGGAGAGGGGAGCAGCCCACCGGUCAAGGGGCUCCAAGGUCUGCAGAAAUAUGACCCACCAGAGAUGUCUGAAACAACUGGACGAAUGAAGAAGAAAACACAUAUUUGGUCUGCUGAUAUGUGGGGUUUAGGCUGUCUUGUAUGGGAGGUAUUUAAUGGACCCCUUCCUCGCACAUCCUCUCUGAAGGCCUUAGGCAAGAUUCCAAAGUCAUUAGUAAGUAACUACUGUGAGUUGGUUGGUGCAAACCCAUUGUCAAGACCAAACCCAGCAAGGUUUUUACAAUUCUGCCAGGAACCAAAUGGGUUCAUGGACAACAUUUUUGUCAAAACAAACAUGUUUUUAGAGGAAAUUCAGAUUAAAGAUGCAAUAGAGAAGAACAAGUUCCUAGCUGGAUUGAGUUCAAGUCUUGAUGAUUUUCCUGAGGAAUUCUGCCGCUACAAAAUCCUUCCAUUACUUCUCCAGGCCUUUGAGUUUGGCAAUGCAGGCUCUGCUGUUCUUACUCCUUUAUUGAAGCUUGGUAAACUCUUAGAAACAAGUGAAUACCAAUCGAGAGUAAUGCCAUGUGUAGUCAAGAUGUUUUCAUCAACAGAUAGAGCAACACGCAUUAAAUUGCUGCAGCAGCUGGAGAGCUUCAUAGAGUAUAUACAACCUGCAGUGGUCAACGAUCAGAUCUUCCCACAUAUAUGCCACGGGUUUAUGGAUACUAACCCUGCCAUUAGGGAAAGCACUGUAAAGGCCAUGAUACUUCUGGCACCAAAACUGAGCGACCACAACUUAAAUGUAGAAGUGAUGAAACACUUUGCACGUCUACAGUCUAAGGAUUCUCAGGGUGGUAUACGAACCAACACAACCGUAUGUCUUGGAAAAAUAGCUUGUUAUCUCAACCCAACAACCAGACAGAAGGUGCUAUUAUCUGCGUUUACUAGAGCAAUGAAAGACCCGUUCCCACCAUCUCGUAUUGCAGGAGUCAUGGCUAUGCAUACUUGUCACAACUUCUUUGCCGUGAGAGACACAGCGCUCCGAAUACUACCGGCAAUGUGUGCUCUCUCUGUUGACCCAGAUAAAAGUGUUAGGGACCAGACUUUUCGUGUUAUCAAACUUUUUGUACAGAAGUUAGAGGAUGUUUCAGAACACCCAGAAAAGUUAAUAGAAAUUGAGGCUGAUGUAAAUUGUGCGUCCAGUAGUCAGCAGAAUAAUGCCGCUGGUUGGGCAGGGUGGGCAGUUACGUCACUGACCUCACGAUUCUAUAAAGGGAGCCACCAACCUAUUCAAUCGGAACAAAAACAAAGCAAUGAAGUCAAGAAAAAGGAUGAUAACUUAGAUGGUAACAAAGAUUCUGUACCAAAGAAAGAGGAACGCAUCAAAGAUGCAGAGAAAUAUGAUACUGCAGAUUCUGCCUCAGACUACGGAGAUGAGGAAAAGGAUGAUGAUGAUGAUGGUGGAGGAUGGGAAGAUGAUGGCUGGAAUAAUACAGAGAGUAUUUCUUCAAGUAAAAAGGAUAAAUCUGACCAUUCAGAUAAAUGUGAGGAAGACAGUGAUGGUUGGAACAAUAAUGAGGAUGAACAAUGGGGGUCAAUUGAAACACCAUCAGGAAAACCAUCUUCAAAAUCAACUUUAUCGUCAACAAAAGUUGGCGGAGGAAUGAAACUUGGUGCUAAGAAACAAUCGGACAAUUUCUUUGGAGAUUGGGAGGAAGAUGGCUUAUCAUCAACAAAACUAAAACAAACAGCAAGUAAAAAGACGGAAAAGGGGCAGAAUGUUGCAAAGAAAAAAACUAGUAGACCCUCAAGUUCAGAAACUAAUGACUUUGGAAAUUGGGAUGCUGACGGUGAUGGGUGGGGGGAAAUUACUACAAGUUCAAAAGUUCAAACCAAGACAAAAGGGAAGGAUAGAAGACCUGCUCAGAAGAAACAAAAGGAUGAUGAUUUUGGAUGGGGGAUGGAUGACGACUGGGGUAGCAUGGACACUCCUGCUUGUAGUGAUAGCAACACAUUUUCUGUGGAGAAUACUGAUAGCCUUGGUGAUAGUGGAGGAUGGGGUGAUGAUGAUGACUGGGCACCAAUUGAGGAGAAACCAAAAACUCCCCCACCAGGCUGGAAUGAUGACCUAGACUUCAAGAAAGUAGAGUCCGACCUCGCACCAGCCAGUGCAUAUGACUGGGGAAAGUCCGAAGCCACUGAUGAUUUUUUAUCUAUUGGAGGAGCAAAUGCAGAAGAAGCUAAGAUGGGCUCUCUUGGAGUAAAGACAAAAUCAAAGCCAGCUCACAAGGCCUCUCCAGCAAGGAUGAAGCCAGGCCCCACAUCCUCCCUUUCAAAGCCUCACAAACCAGCCAGUAAGAAUAAGGCAGAUGAGUGGGGUACUGAGAGUGGAUGGGGAGGGGCAGAAGAUAACUGGGGAGGUGUAGAAGAUGGCUUUGGAGGAUCUGUAUCAGAAUCAAAUAAAGCUGAAAUAGCUAAGAAGAACAGAGAGGAACGACGACAACAGCGCGAGAAAGAAAUCAGAGAAAAGAGGGCGGCAAAAAAAGGGAUGGGUGCAAUGAGACUCGGGGCUAAAAAAGACUGACAUACUCAUGUUUUGGCGAUAUAAAUACUUAAUAACAUUCCAUAAUGUGAAUGAAUUCGGGUAAAGUGUUGCCUGCCCCUCCCCCUUUCAGGUAAAACAUUAUUAGAAAUAAUGUUUUGUAACUUGAAUAUAGGGUAUAGGAGUAUGCUCCCCUGUAGUAACUUCGGUUAACUCCUUUUAAGUACUGUAACAUAUUCUGAGAAUUAGUUCCGAAUAUGGUAAUUUACUUUAGUGAACUGAACAAAUGUUUUGUAACUUGAAAAUGGUGUAUAUAAUUAUGCUAGACUGUAAAGGCAGUUAAUAAUUGCAUCCCAAUUAUCAGUACAGUACAAAUGUUCUGUGACUUGAAUAGUUCAGGUCAGGUACAUUAUAUGCACUUUAUCAGGGAGUCAGGCAAUGAUAAGUAAUUUACAUAUUAUUACUACCCCGGUCAUUGGAUGAAACACAUAUGGAACACAUUGAAACACCAAAUUAAAUUAGUAAAUGAAAUUAUAUUAUUAUUCCAUAAAUUGCAGCUAGUAAUCAG